ACUCAACUCGUCCAAGUUCACAGAAUGACAGAAUCUGCGACUAUGAAACCUGUUCGGUUCGUGUUGGAAAACGAAUCGUCUAGUGGAAUAGAACCGCGGCCACGGGGACGAAAAUCCUUGGACAAUCACCUUGAAGGCGAUCGCAAGUCUCGCAACCGUCGCAAUCAAAGAGCAUACCGUCAACGGCAACAACAGCAGUUAUUGGAAGCCGAGAAAGAGCGUGACAACUAUAAGGAAAAUUAUGCCAAACUGCAACAACGAUUAAUCGAUAAGAACGGCAAACUGGAAAGAAUGGCAAACUUGGUAUAUGACAUGGAACGCCUUUGCGUAUUGCAAGGCAUCGCUGUACCAAGUUCGAUCAAAGAGCGACUCAGCAUGUUCAAGCAAAGAGCAGCAGAAGAUCUUGAUGAACAAUUUGCUGAUAUAAACGAAUCCCUACGCUCCAUACCAAAUCCUGUAUACGAAACACCUCAUUCUGAUUCCAGUGUAAUUACAAAUACAGAACCUAGCCCCCACAGUAUCAUUGAAUCUCCGCCAUCAGCUUUGGAAGAGGUCUUACCGACGUUCGAUAGCCCAUUAACAGAAGACAUGGACCCAGUCGCUAUGCAGAUCGAUGACAUGGCGGAUAUCCCCGCACUCGAAGAAUUUUCGACGCCAGAAAGUACUGAAGGUUCUAGCAUGUCAAGUCAAAUCAGUCCACUUCGGGGUCCUAUACCGAGACAUGUUGCUUUGUACUACAUUCAGUCUCAAUACCUCAAGAAACUGACCGACCCAGACAAAGAAUAUCCACCUUCUGGCCUGGAUCCUACUCCGCUUGAACUGGCACUGAGUGACAAGGUUCGCUUCCACCCAAGGCUUCGAUUUUUGCCUUGUCCAAAGCUGCGCGAACGGUUAAUCCUGUUCCAAGAUGUCCUUGAUAUUAAUUCCGUCGUCGAUCAUAUUGUCAAGGGCGCUACAUGUUGGGGCCGAGAUCCACUACAAAACGAUGCAUGGGAAUUGCCAGAAGUGCUGUUUUAUGAUUUUUGGUUCAUUUGUGAUGAAGAUAUGCUGCGUUGUACCAAUAAGUGGCGUCUUCUCAACGGCAAGCCCCCGAUUGUCUGGGACAACGCUGGUCGGCAUGUCAAGAAAGACGCAGGUCCUUUAGGAAAAUCUCAAGGAAAGCUCUUAGGAUUUUUUGCGGAAGAGUCUACGAACAAUGGUCAAUCAUUAGCCAUGUAAGAUGAUGUGUAUUUGGGUCUAGACUUCGCAUGUAAAUAAAAGCAACG